UGCUUUUGACACUUGGCUGUUACGAGAAAGAUAUUUUGAGGGAUGAAAAGUGAUAAUUACUUUAACUUUUAAAAUUAUUAAGUAUUAUAUAUAUACUAAAUAGUAAAGAUUACUUUUUCGACAAUGGCUGAAAUACAAACUCUAAUGGAAAUGGGGUUCCCCAAGGAAAAAGCUGAAAAGGCGCUGGCCGUUACAAAUUACAAAGGAGUGGAACCGGCUAUGGAAUGGCUUUUAGCUCAUGCGGAGGAGAUGGAUGCCGGUCCUGGGCAUACAGUGGGUGGUGCGGCGGCAUCUGCUGAAAUUACAAUUCCUACCCCUUCCACCGCUGCCGAAACUGUUCCUGCCAGUUCUUCCGAGACGACUUCAACUGCUGAUGCUGAAGUUGAAGCAAAGUCUUUCAAAUGCGAAGAUUGUGGAAAGUUAUUCAAAAAUCAAGAUGAAAUGGAGUUUCAUGCAGCUAAAACGAAUCAUAGCAAUUUCUCUGAAUCUACGGAAGAAAAAAAGCCAUUGACUGAAGAGGAAAAAAAAGCUCAAUUAGCACUAUUAGAAGACAGAAUGAAGCAAAAGCGAAAAGAAAGAGAGGAGAGAGAAAAGGCUGAAGCUUUAGAACGAGAAAGGUUAAGAAUUAAAUCUGGAAAAGAUCUUCAAGAAGCUAAAUUAAGGCUUCAAGAGCAAGAGAUGCAAAAGUUGGUAGAACAGAGGAGGCGAGAAAAAAUGGAGGACCAGAAGGCCAGAGAAAGAGUCAGAGCACAAAUAGAAGCUGAUAAGCAAGCAAGGAAGCUAGCUGCAUCUGGACAAACAGCACCUGCGCCAGUGCCAGCUCCUCCACAAGUUAUUCCUACUCUAGGCCCCAAGGUGGCCUAUGAGCAGGCCAGGAUACAGCUGCGACUACCUGAUGGCCAGUCUCUGUCACAAACAUUUGGGGCCAAGGAACAGUUGGCUGCUGUUAGGGUGUUUUUACAAAUGAAUAAACCAGAAUAUUCAGAAGAGGAUCACUUUAAAUUCAUGACCACAUUCCCAAAGAAGAUAUUUACUUCAGAUGACUAUGAAAAACCAUUGGAUUUAUUAGGUUUGGUGCCAUCAGCGGUCAUAAUAGUAUCUAAAGGUCAGAACUAAAUUCCACAUGGAAAGUGUUUAUGGUGGUCAUAUUUAUUUGUACAAACUAUUCAUAUUAAAAUAUGUAUUGGUGUUACAUGAUUAUUAAAAAAAUUAUGGGAACGAAAAUGUUACUCACAUUUCUGAAAUAAAAUCUCAAAUUAU